CACAGCCACACUCAGUCGGCAGCUGGCCGUCGACAGGGAGGAGGCUUUUGAUAUUAAUAAUGGCAAAUAUUCGUGCUGUCGGGGCCUUGUGCCGGCUCAAUGCGAGAAAGUUGACCCAAUUCAGAGUACCAGUGUUGAGCAGCAGGUAUCUGUCAACAACAGCAAGAGCUCUGGGUGUUCAUACCAACCUCACUGUAAAAGAUGGAGUUGGGGUUGUCACCUUCAACUCUCCUGGGAAGGUCAAUGUCCUCAAUGAACCGGUAAUGGAGGAGAUAACAGAAAUUGUUAAGGAGCUUGAAAACAAUCCUGAAAUACAGGCUGCUGUGCUCAUUUCUAGCAAGCCUGGAUGUUUUAUUGCUGGAGCAGAUAUUGGAAUGAUAGAGAAAUGUUCAACACUGGAAGCCGUGGAAGAGCUCUCUCAAGCCUGUCAUGACAUUCUUUUCCGCAUCGAGAAGAGCAAAAAACCUGUGGUGGCAGCAAUUAUGGGGUCAUGCCUUGGGGGUGGACUGGAAGUUGCUCUAUCUUGUCACUACCGUCUGGCUGUAAAGGAUAAAGCUGGGCUUGGUUUGCCCGAGGUUAUGUUAGGCAUUUUACCAGGUGGUGGUGGUACGCAACGUCUUCAUAAGCUAGUGGGUGUUCCCAAUGCACUGGACAUGACCCUCACUGGUAAAACUGUGAAGGCAGACAAAGCAAAGAAGAUGGGUUUAGUUGAUGCACUGGUGAAUCCACUUGGUCCAGGGAUGGUAGCAGCAGAUGUAAAUACAUUGACAUAUUUAGAGGAGAUAGCCAUAAAGACCGCUAAGGAUCUGGCUAGCGGUGACCUACGUGCAAAGCGUGGUCCAAAAAAUACCGUGGAAAAGGUAACCGGAAUAGCUCUGCAGUAUGAUUUUGUGAAGGAUCUGGUCUUCAACAAGGCAAAGUCAACAGUAAUGAAGCAGACAAAUGGACUGUAUCCUGCACCUCUAAAAAUUUUAGAGGUCAUUCGUAUUGGUUUAGACAAAGGACCAGCAGCAGGUUAUGCUGCCGAGAAAAAAGGUUUUGGUGAACUAGCCAUGACGAGUGAGUCUAAAGGUUUAAUUGGUCUCUUCCAUGGUCAAACAGAGUGCAAAAAGAACAGGUUUGGUAAGCCGCAGAAACCAGCCAAAAAUUUGGCUGUUCUAGGAGCAGGAUUGAUGGGUGCUGGUAUUGCACAAGUAUCUAUAGACAAGGGUUACAACACCAUCUUAAAGGACAUGAAUUAUCCUGGCCUUGCAAGAGGUAUCAAGCAGGUACAAGAAGGCCUUACCAAGGCAGUUAAGCGUAAGAAGUUCAGCAGCUUUGUGGCUGACCAGUAUAUGUCAAACUUGGAACCAACCACUAGUUAUGAUGUCUUUAAGGACUGUGAUAUGGUGAUUGAGGCAGUAUUUGAAGAUUUGGCUCUUAAACAUCGUAUAAUAAAGGAGGUGGAACCCCAUCUGCCAGAGCAUUGUAUAUUUGCCACCAACACUUCAGCUUUGCCCAUUGGUGAUAUUGCAAAAGCAAGCAGCCGUCCAGAUAAGGUAAUAGGUAUGCACUACUUUUCACCAGUGGACAAGAUGCAGUUGUUGGAGAUCAUCACCACAGGCCAAACCUCACAGGAUACAAUAGCCUCUGCAGUAGAUGUUGGAUUGAAACAAGGCAAAGUAGUGAUUGUGGUCAAGGAUGGUCCAGGGUUCUACACAACAAGAAUCGUGGGAACCAUGCUUGCCAACGGCCUACUUAUGUUCCAAGAAGGUGUUGACCCAAAAUGGAUGGACAAAGCUACAACGGCCUUUGGUUGGCCUGUGGGAGCUGCCACACUACUGGAUGAAGUUGGUUGUGAUGUUGGUAUGCAUGUGGGACAGUACCUAACCAGAGUGCUGGGCUCAAGAAUGAAGAGUGGAGAUGUUAAUGUCUUGAAGGAUAUGGUGGCUGCUGGGUUCUAUGGUCGCAAGUCUGGCAAAGGUGUUUAUGUUUACGAACCAGGAGUGAAGGAACGCAAUGUUAAUGAAGGUGCACUUGAAAUAUUGAAGAAGUAUAAGGUUACCCCUAAAAUUCCCUUGACGGAUGAAUCAAUCCAAAUGCGGUUAGCUUGCAGGUUCAUCAAUGAGGCUGUGAUGUGCCUACAGGAAGGAAUCCUGAACAGCCCACUUGAUGGAGACAUUGGUGCAGUAUUUGGCUUGGGCUUCCCUCCAUUCACUGGCGGACCAUUCCGCUAUGCUGACACCUAUGGAGCUGACAAACUGGUAGCCAAAAUGAGAGAAUAUGAAGCUGCAUAUGGAGAACCCUUCACACCUUGCCAGUUGUUAUUGGACUAUGCUGCAGACCCCUCAAAGAAAUUCUUCAAGUAAAUUAGAUAGUGGUAUUUAGACAAAAUAGUUUGUCUACAAAGUGUCUUACUUGUUUUUAAGAUUGGAAAUGUUAGUUAUCAAAAAUAAAUGUUUGAAAUUC